GCGGGGACUUGUUGACGUGCACACUGGACAUGCGAUGGAAAUGCAGAAUUGUAUUUGCAAGACCAACUUUGUGACUCCUUUAAUGGAUUAGUACCCAUGAAGUUUAUCCCCGAAGAGUCACAUUACAAAGCACUGGAGGCAGAAUGAGUCUGGUGCUACAUGACCUUAUGAUAUGCUGCAGAGGACUAGAAAAUGACAAAGUUACGGAAAGAAAGAAGGAGGUGGACCGCUUCAAGAGACUGUUGCGGUCAGCCGAGACAGUCAGGGAACUGGACCGCAUAUCUUCUGUCAAGAAUGCCAAGCAACUCACCUGGGAUGCUGUGUUCAGGUUCCUCCAGAAGUACCUGCAGAAGGAGACGGAGGCUCUGCAGGCUGGCAAGGCCAACGUCUCCGCUACCACCCUGGCCAACCGCCAGCAGAAGAUGCAGGAGAUCAGCAGCCUGGUCAAGUUCUUCAUCCGCUGUGCCAACAAGAGAGGUCCGAAGCUGAAGUGCUCUGAGCUGCUGUCCCAUGUGGUGGACGUCCUGAGGAGGCCCUUCAGCUGCACUGCAUACGGGGAUGACUACAGCAGCCUGCUGCUCAAGGACAUACUCUCUGUCCGCAAGUACUGGUGUGAAAUCUCACCGCACCAGUGGCACAGUCUGUUGGAUAUGUACUGCGGGCUCUUCACGGGGGGCUCCAUAAACCGGGGGAUGGUGAGCCGGAUCAUCCACACGCUGGUGCUGGGCUGCAGCCUGCAGACGGGCGGCCACUCCCACGCCCUCUUCAGCUUCUUCUCCAAGGCCCUGGGCAACGUUAGGUCAGAGCGGCAGCUCGCUGUGCUGGAGAACCUGGUGUCGGCGCUGAACGUGUUCCUGCGGGGGGCGCUGGUGAGCUGGCGUCGGCGGGCGUGUGCGCUGGGCGAGCAGCUGCUGCCGGGUCUGCUGCACGCCUGGAGCCACACCAGGCCCAGCCCCCUGCUCAAGGACCAGCUGGUGGAGCUCUUCAGCCUGCAGCUGCACAUCCACCACCCCAGAGGGGCCAAGACACUAGACACAGGAGCCAUAGCUGAGGACUGGUCCCACUGGCAGAGCCUCCUGUUUGGCCUCUACGAGUCCCUGGUCAGCGAGAUCAGCCAGAUCGGCAGCAGAGGGAAGUACGCCACCGGGACACGGCACUACGCCGCCAAGGACAACCUCAUCGAGCUCACCGCUGAUAUAUGCCACCAGCUGUUCAGCCAGGACAGCCGGGCGCUGGAGCUCAGCCAGGCCCACUACCGGGGCGUCCCCCUGGACAGUCCCACGGGCUCGGGCAGCAAGCGGCGGCGUGUGGAAGUGGGCUGGGAGGUGCUCCGGGACCACCUGCUGCCCAGCCAGAGCGACUUCGACAUGAUCCCCUGGCUGCAGAUCACUGCCACCCUGGUGUCGCGCUACCCGUCCAUGCUGCCCGCAGACGAGCUGGUGCCGCUGCUGUCGCUGCUGUGCCAGCUGCUGGGCGAGCAGCAGAGGCGCGGGGAGAGGGGGCCGUACGUGCUGCGCUGCCUGAGGGAGGUGGCGCGGUGCCAGGCCGCGCGGGCGCCAGAGCUGGCACAGGCCCCAGCCGGGGCGGCACGGGAGGCGGAGCUGGGCAGGCUGUGGGGCCGUGUUUGGGCGCUGGCCGUGCGGGGCGUCAGCUCGCCGCUCCUGGAGGUGCCCAGUCUAGACCUGCUGAGGACCAUGGUGCAGGGCGGCCUGGUGCCCGCCGACAGAGACUUCUGGAAGCUGUUUGUGGGCUCGGCGUGUAAGCCCUCACUGUCAUCUGGCCUGGGUUUGGCCCUGACCCUGAGCAAGUGUCCCGUGCCCAAGGCCGGCGUCGGUGGGGGGGAAAUCUCGGGGUGGGCUGCGCCGGAGGGGAGCAGACGGCCGCCUCUCAGAGAGGCCAUCAUCAGCUGGCUCCUCAUGACCAAUCAGAGCGAGGAGGCGGAGGACAGCUCCAAACCUCACCUCAUUCUGCUCAGGGACUUCCCAAGAUACCUCAUUCCCAGGAUUCUCGUGUCCCUGACUCUUAAAGACAGCAGAGCUGGAAUGGCGUUCCUCAUGGGAACCCUCACACCAGAGAGCUUUGCUCCCCAAGACCAGAGGACCUCAGCAGACGUCCGACCUGCCCUGUCUGAGGUCGAGGGCCUCUACCUGCAGUUCUCCUUCGAUGAUGCCCCCCCGUGUGCGCCCCAUGGGGUGGACGCCGGUGGAGUGGCCCCUAAAGACCCCCAGCUCACCCUGGUGCCAGAGCUCAGGACCAGGCUGGAGCGGAGCCUGCUGUCUGUGGCCGACCACCUCCUCAACUGCUACUCUCCAGAGAGCCAGGCCGCGGCCCCGGAGAGCCGUCUGCGUUGUGCGUGCCUGCUGGUGGGGGUUCUGGGGGGGUACGUGAGCACGGGACUCCUCUCCGAGGCGGACCUCAGUCGAUCGCCACUCUUCCACAAAGCCAAGUCUCUGGCUGAAGAGUUCAGUGAGUAUGUGUGCACAGCUAAGAGUCGGCUGGCCGACGAGUCCGUGCUGUCCACCAUCAGGGUCGUCAUGACUAUGUGCUCUCAGAGCGUCAGCUGUGUGGACAAGACGGACAAAGUGUCCACAAUUUCCCGUGAUAUAUUCCUGAAGAUUUUUCCUGCACGAUUGCUGACUGAACUGACAGACAUAUGCAAGAUCCUGCUGACCUCUGGGAAGAGGGACAGCCUGUCAGUGGAGGACACGCUGAUGGACGAGGACUGGGAGGUGAGCCGGACGCAGGUGGAGCUGCAGGACGACAUCGAUCUGUUUGACGACGGAGACGCGCCUCAGACCAGUGCCAACGGAGCCGCACAUGCCAAAGGAGACGGCACGGAAAUGCCACACAGCCAGGGGGCUAAGAGUGUGCUGUGUGAGGACCAGCUGCUGAAACAGGACCAUGCUCUGCUGGCGGCACUGGCCUUUUUGUCCCUGUGCUCAUCGUCGGAGCGCGCCCCUGGUUUGGCCUUCAAACCGUCCGAGGUCCGCCGUCGCCUUCUCAAACUGCUGGACAACCUGGAGUUCAGCCGGGCGCUGCACCUCCACCUGUAUCUGGUCCUACUGAAGACUCUACCAGCAGAGGGCGCUGUGCUGCCAGCAGAGGACUUCGAUGCUCUGCUCAGGCCCCUGGCGGACAUGUGUUCACUGUACCGCCAAGACCAGGAAGUCUGCGCUGCGAUCCUAUUGGCCCUGCUUCCCGCCAUUCACAGCCUGGGCUCGCCCCGUUGCCUCGGUGAUGAGGAGGAGGACAUGACGCACGUGCAGGGGGCAUUGCUCCAGGUCAUCUCUGGCUUCUGUAUCCUGGGUCGGACGGGAAAGAGCACUGCCCCUGUGAGGGCCGCCUUGACCCAGUGUCUGGUGGCUCUGCUGGAGGUGGACCCCUGCUGUAAGUGGGCGGUGCUUACACUGAGGGAGGAGGAGCUAGCUGUGAGUGAUGUGCUCCCAGCCAAUCUGGCUGACCCUCAUCAUCACGUGCGCAUGCUGGCUGCCAUGACGCUGGACAGGUUGUUUGUGGUGAAGAAAGUAGCAGAUGAGGAGAGCGGGAGGCUCUUACCGCUGAAGAAGCAACAGGCGGCCUUUGAGAACAUCUACCUGAAAGCCCAGGAGGGCAUGAAGAUUGAGAAGUGUGUGGCGCCCGAGGACUUGCCUGAUGAGACCUACAACCGGCGAGCCACCCUGCUGAAGAGCGUCGCCAUGGUGAUGUGCUGCAGCCCGGUGUGCGAGAAGCAGGCGCUGUUUGCACUGCUCCAGUCCUACAAGGAGAACAGCAUCGAGGAGCGGCUCAUCAAAAAGGUGUUGAAUAGUGUGUCAUGUGCCCUGAGCUACCGGAGCUCGGAGGCGCUGGUGAGCUCUCACCUGUACUACCUGGUGUCGGAGUGGCUGUGUCAGAGAGAGACAGAGGGGACAUACACACUGGAGGCCUUCCCCUACACACUCCUCAACCACAACACGCUGGAGGACUUCUAUCGGAGCUCGUACCAGGUGUUAGUGCCUCACCUGGUGUUCCUGAACGACUUCGAGGCGGUGCAUUCCAUCGGGACACGGCUGGGGCGGGAAUGGAGGCUGCUGCUGGCCGAUUGCUUCCCUCGGAUCAUGGUCAACAUCCUGCCCUACUUCGCCCAGUCGGGCCAGGACCCGCGGGCCGCACAGCACCGCGAGAAGGCCCACCGCGUCUACGACCUCCUCAAGGACAACAAGUGCCUCGGCAAGCAGCAAAUUGACAGCCUGAUCUGCGGGAACCUGGCGGAUAUCGUGGUGGAGCUGCUCGGGACCCUUUAUGAGGAGACGGGAGCCAAGAGGGAGGAGAGGGGAGAUCUGCACAAGUUCACUGGUGAGUUGGACCCAGCCCCCAACCCUCCGUACUUCAGCUCCUAUGUGAUCAAGGCCACGCUGGGCUACCUGAGCCAAUGCCACAGCACUGCCAACAAGAGCCUGGUGGCCAUCCUGUCCAAGACCCCGGCCUCUAUCCAGCGGAUCCUGCUGGCGCUGUGCCAGAGGGGCUCAGAGAGCGCGAGUGUGUACGAGCGGCACCGGGCGCUCAUGAUGUACCACCUGUUCGUCAGCCUGCUGCUGCAGGAGGUCAAGGACGGCCUGGGAGGGGCCUGGGCAUACGUGCUGCGAGACGUCAUCUACACACUCAUACACCACAUCAACAGCAGGUACGCCGGUGCUGCGCGGUAGUUGCAGCGGAGGUGGUCCCUGUGCUGUGACCUGUUGGCCCUGGUCGUAGGACGGGCGGCCUUCUAGACGACGCCCUGGGAGAGCCACCUGCAGGUCAUCGUGGGGACACUCACCGCACAGGUCACUGACCAGCCUGCCAUCUCCCAGCAGGUACUGGGCCUGUUGCGGUUCUUGGUGGUGGAGAACCCUGAGAACCGUGCCCUGAGAGCAGCCAUCCCUCUACUGGAACCGUUCCCUGACCAGCCGGCCUUUAGGGAGCUGAGGGCAGUACAGUAUCGCCCCACCCCUCAAACAGGUACGUCCACCCUCAAACAGGAGAUUGAGCAUUUCCUGUCGGUGACUUCCUGUGACUCGUUGCCACGGACACGGCUUGAGGGACUGAAGGACCUUCAGAGGCUGCUGCGCUCACAACGGCCGCAGAUGAGGAGACUCCAGGAGUGCCAUGAUGACCCUGCUGGUAGUGUUCUGGUGAGGCUUGUCCUGAGUCUACUGCAGCUGGGGAAAGUGGCUGCCAAUCUCCCUGGAGGAAGUGACGUUCUGGAGGCCAUCGGUAGCUGUCUGGGAGAGCUGGGGCCGGUGGAUUUGUCCACCAUCGCACUGCAUCAUGGGAAGGAUGAGGAGUACACCAGGGCUGGGGUGCUGUUCCCACAAGAUGCUGAGCGCCAGUGGAUCUUCAUCAUCCUCAGUCUGAUAAACAAAGCCCUCACCCACCACAGGAUCGAGGUGAGGCAGGCUGCGGCUGAGUGUGUGAAGGCCGUCCUUGCGUCCCCGUCUGGAGUGGUGUUCUGGGAGAUGUACAAAGACCAGCGCGACCCCAUGCUCGUCUACCUCAGCCCUUUCAGAGCCGCCAAGAAGAAGGACCAGGCUGUGAGACCGGAGAUGGACCCUGAUGGGCGAGAGCGCCUGGACAGCGAGGAGCUAUGGCUACCGUUGCCGGGGAAACACAGGGAGUGGCUGCGAGGGUUGUGCGUGGCGCUGUUGGAGAGUGGAGGAGUGAAGAGUGAAGCACUGCUGCUCACCAGACCACUCUGUGAGGUCCAGACGGACUUCUGCCAGCGGGUUCUGCCCCUGUUCAUCCACGACGUGCUGCUGGGGAACCCAGCAGAUAGCCCUGCUUGGCGAAGGCGGGCAGCUGGAGGGAGCUGCUCUCACGCCACAUGCAGUGUGUGUGACAGGGGCCAGACUGGUGUGUGCAGGAGGAUGAUGUUUGAUGAGUGCAGCCAGACUCUCUCCAUCAGCAGUGUGAGUGAGAAGAGUGUGGAGGACACAGGAAUCAGUCUGCAGGAGCUUCUGAUAGAGGUGCACAGGAGCAUUGGAGAGCCAGACAGCCUCUAUGGGUGUGGAGGAGGCAAGAUAAUCAGCCCUCUGACCAGGAUCAGGACGUACGAACACGAGGCCCUCUGGGGACGAGCCCUGACCUCUUAUGACCUUCACACCAACCUGCCAGAGGUCACGCGCCUGGUGGGGAUCGUAGAGGGCCUGCAACACUUUGGCCUGGCCAGGCAUCUUGAACCUGCGAUUACCUCACCCGGGGGUCUGGGCAGCUAGACUGAGGAGGAGGAAGGAGCUCGAGAGCUCAGAUUUCAGGCUGCCUGGAGGACCACCAGGUGGGACGACGCACUGCCCGACAGGGAUGAGAAGCUGGUUGUUGGCUUUAAUGAGUCAGUGUUCACAGCCCUGCAGGCCUUACGAGAUAAAGAGAUGUCCUUAUUCGAACAGACCCUCAAGAGCACCAGGGUGGCUGAGGUUGAGGAGCUGUGUAAGGGCAGUCUGGAGGCAGUCUCCUCUCUCUACCCCUCCCUGUGCAACCUGCAGAGGAUCAGCGAGCUGGACAGCACCAAGCAGCUCUUCUCCAGGCCUCUGAGUGAGCCUGCGCUACUGGAGGUCAACAGCAGGUGGCGGCAGCACUCUGAGCUGCUGGUGGACAGUGAGUUCAGCCUGGUGGAGCCCAUCCUGGCGCUGCGCUCCUCUCUGCAGGAGGUGCUGCUCGUGAGGGAGCAGGAGGCGCAGGCCAGGGGCCUCCUCAGGGCCUCCCACUGCACACACCUCAUGGAGCUGUGCCGACUGGCACGGGGCGCGGGGAACACGCAGCUGGCUGAGAGGGCACUGUUCCAGAUGAAGCAGCACAGCGACGUGGGCGCGGGCGGGGUCGUCACGGCGACGUCGUGGCAGCUGGAGGAGGCGCAGGUGUUCUGGGAGCAGAAGGAGCAGAAGCUGGCCCUGGGCCGCCUCAAGCAGAUGAUUGACAGCCUGGAGCAGCAGGUGGACAUGAACCCUGCGCUGGCCCCUGUGUACAGUGAGAGCCUGAGGCUGUGUGGCACCUGGCUGGGGGAGACAUGUCUGGAGAGUCCUGCCGUCAUCCUGGAGAAGUACCUGGAGAAGGCCGUGGAGGUGAUUGAGGGCCAUGCUGGUGGUUCUGACCCCAGACUGCAGAGCCAGAAGACCCAGGCCUUCCUGUCCCUGGCCCGCUUCUCAGACGCCCAGUACCAGAGCAUCGACAACUACAUGAAGUCUUCGGAGUUUGAGAACAAGCAGGCACUGCUGGAGAAGGCCAGGGAGGAGGUGGAGCUGAUGAGGGAGAGGAAGGUCGGCAACAACAGGUACACGGUGAAGGUUCAGAGGGAGCUGGAGCUGGACGUGCGGGCCCUGGACAACCUGCAGAAGGACCGCCGCCGCUUCCUGCUCAACGCCGUGGAGAACUACGUCCGCUGCCUGGAGCUGGGUCAGGAACACGACACCUGGGUGUUCCGCCUGGCUUCCCUCUGGCUGGAGAACGCCGACGCCAGGAGCGUCAACGACGUCAUGGGGAAGGGUGUGACGAAGAUCCCGUCCUACAAGUUCCUGCCCCUCAUGUACCAGCUGGCCGCCCGUAUGGGCAGCAAGGUCUCCGGUGGACUCGCCUCCGAGGACGUCGGCUUCCACAACGUCCUCAACGAGCUGAUUUACCGGGCGUCGUUGGAGCACCCCCACCACACCCUCUUCAUCAUCCUAGCUCUGGUCAACGCCAACAAGGACGAGAGCUUCUCCCGCAGCGCCCUGUCCAGGGGGGGCAGCAAGCGCCAGCCCUCACCCCUCGACCUGGAACGGUCGGAGGUGGCCAGGAGCAUCUUGAAUAAGAUCCGUAAGCGUCGGGGUGCCAUGGUGAGGGGCAUGGAGACCCUGUGUGACGCCUACAUCACCCUCGCAUACAUGGACGCCAGCCGCUACAAGAACGAGAAGAAGGCCAUUCCCAUCCCCGCCACCCAGCCCCUCACUAAGAUCAAGGACCUGGACGAGGUCACCAUCCCCACAAUGGAGAUCAAGGUGGACCCCUCGGGUAAAUAUGAGAACCUGGUGACCGUUCAUUCCUUCAUGCCAAACUUCUGCCUGGCUGGAGGGGUCAACCUGCCCAAGAUCAUCGACUGCGUAGGGUCAGACGGAAAGAACCGGAGACAGCUGGUCAAGGGUCAGGAUGACUUGCGGCAGGACGCAGUGAUGCAGCAGGUGUUCCAGAUGUGCUCUACGCUGCUACAGCGGAAUGCAGAGACGCGCAAAAGGAAGCUCAACAUCCGGCGCUACAAGGUGGUUCCCUUCUCCCAGCGUAGCGGGGUGCUGGAGUGGUGCUCGGGCACUGUGCCCAUUGGGGAGUUCCUGGUGGAGCCGCAGAGAGGAGCACACAGACGCUUCAGACCAAACGACUGGACCAACCUGGCCUGCAGGAAGAGGAUGAUGGAGGCCCAGAAGAUGGACUCUGACGGGAAGAUGCAGGCCUUCUCGGAGGUGUGUCAGAACUUCCGGCCGGUGUUCCGCUACUUCUGCAUGGAGCGCUUCCUGGACCCGGCCGUGUGGUUGGAGCGCAGGCUGGCCUACACCCGCAGCGUGGCCACUUCCUCCAUCGUGGGCUAUAUUGUAGGCCUGGGAGAUCGCCACAUCCAGAAUAUUUUGAUUGAUGAACAGACAGCUGAGCUGGUCCACAUCGACUUGGGUGUGGCGUUUGAGCAGGGCAAAAUUUUGCCCACUCCAGAGACAGUGCCCUUCCGACUGUCCAGAGACAUAGUGGAUGGCAUGGGCAUCACCGGGGUGGAGGGCGUCUUCAGGAGGUGCUGUGAGAAGACCAUGGAGGUGAUGAGGAGUUCCCAAGAGGCUCUGCUCACCAUAGUGGAGGUGCUGCUGUACGACCCGCUGUUUGACUGGACGAUGAACCCGCUGAAAGCCUUCUACCUGCAGCAGCAACUGGACGAGCAGGCGGAACUGAACGCCACGCUCAACCCAACGCCCGCCGACGAGCUGGAGGCCCACAGGAAGGCCAGCAGUGACAGUCAGAGCUUUAAUAAGGUGGCGGAGCGCGUGCUGCUGCGGCUGCAGGAGAAGCUGAAGGGGGUGGAGGGGGGCGCCGUGCUCAGCGUGGGGGGGCAGGUCAACCUCCUCAUCCAGCAGGCCAUGGACCCCAAGAACCUCAGCCGCCUGUUUCCCGGGUGGCAGGCCUGGGUCUGAAAAACAUACACAAUACGCACACACACACACACACACACACACACGACUCACACCUGCAUACAUACACUGAUACAUGCAUGUACCUGCACCCACAUCUACACACACACACACACACACACACACGUUCACACAGACAUGCAAACAUCUACAUACACAUACAAACGCACACAGACAUUCACAUGCAAAAGCCUCCUUAGAUAAACACACUUGUGUGCAUGCACUUAUAUGUGCACACACACACUAACACACAGACACUAACACACAGACACACACACACAGACACACACACACACACACACACACACACACAAAGCGUCGUGCCAUAUCUCCCUUUUCCUGUUUGACUGUAAGCCACUUAUGCAAACCAAAGACACCUGAACAGAAGACCCUGUGAUGACCUUUGUGCCCCCGAGCACGACGCACGACUCCAACGCACUAUGAUCUGCAAUAAGUGGAACGCCAGUUUCUUUUACGCUAUUGUAGCCUGCACCUUGAGAAGAGAUGGUGGACAUCUCCACACGUGUCGAUGGGUUAUAUACUGUACAGUGAAGAAUGGAUCUAGAAUGUACUUUUCUAGACCGUAAAUAAUAAGCCUGUGACCAAAUUUGAUCAUUCAGAAUAGGAGCACUUGUUUACAACAUCAGAGAAAAUGACCAGUCUGUAAAUCUGUAAACAACCAUAUAUGCCUUUACUCUUUUUGUAAAGUACAAAUGUGGAAGGGAGAGUGUUUAGAAAGGGCAUGCCUGGUGUGUUUUGAGACUAAUAACGCUAUGUACUGUACUUGCUUACACUUGAAAUCAUCACACAAAAAACAAACAGACAUCAAGUUUAGCGCUGAAGUGCUAAGAAUGGGUUUUAUUGCAGUAAGGCAUCAAUAGCUUUGAAAUAAGUGUAAGGUGUGUCACAGAUCUCUUUUAUUUGUUUGAUUUGAUGUAUAAUGAUUUUUGUAAUAAUAAAAAAAAGACUGUAAAUGAAAUAAAAUUGGAUGAUGCAGUA